GAACUGUUUUGCGACCUCGUUUUCUUUCUGUGUCAGUAACUCAGCGCCGCGCGCGACUAUUUAGGUCAAAGAAGGGCAUUGAACUCCGUUAGGAUUUUUCGGAAACUGUACACAGGGAAGUAUUGUGUUUUCUCAUAAAAUCGCCACGGAUAAACAAAGUUCGUCAAAUGUCAUCACUGCAAGAUUGAUAUUCUCAGCCUAUUGAUAAUUUAUGUGUUUCCUAUCUGGACGACUCAGUUGCUAAAUAUUUUGGUUUCCAGUUUCCGAGGAUCCUGACGAACCGGUUGUUUACGUCUGGUGUGGUAACCGAUUGCGGGAAAAAACGUUCGGUUAAAGUUUAGUGCUUGCGUAGUCGGGGCACAAAAAGGGGGAUAGGAGGUUUCCCGUUUUUCUACGAAAGAACGGGGUGGUUUAUUGCUGGCUUCCGAAUCAAGGCGAUAUUACAAUUCAAACGAGCUUGGACCGGUAACCGUGCCUACAGCAGAAUACGAAGGACGCUACCAUUAUAAUUUGUGUUCGAUAGGUACUCUCGUGCACAUGCAUUUAUCAGAGCAUUGACCGUUCGACAACUUAGCGGGACUUUCAAUUGCUGUCAAAGCCUGAGCAGCAGAAGUCUACGAUGCAGAUCGAAGAAACAUCUGCCAGAGCCACAACGUUUUUUCUUGCAUCGGUGAAUUCCAUAUGUACCGGGGUAUCUCUGCGACCGUGUCGAGGCAGGGCACUAUGCUGACCGAGCCGCUGUCCACCCGAGGGCUUAUGGAGGGAGCACGGAAACAGACCAAGAACUCAGGACAGCAACGAAACCUCUUCCCGAAGAAUGGCGUUUGUGGUGAAGGUCACAUUUUGUGCAAAAUCUGUGGGGACAAAGCUUCAGGAUUUCACUAUGGCGUAUUUUCCUGCGAAGGCUGCAAGGGUUUCUUCCGUCGCACCAUUCGCCACAAGCUCAUAUACAAGCCGUGCGAGACGCCGGGCAGAUGCCUCAUUAUGCGCAUCAGUCGGAACCGCUGCCAGUACUGCCGGCUGGAGAAGUGUCUUAACGCCGGCAUGUCUCACGAGGCUGUCCGCCUGGGUCGUUGUCCGAAGAAAGACCGACCGGCCAGCAGUAGUUUCUUCAUGCUGCCCAAGACUCAGCACGGGGGUGUGGACAUCGACAAACAGGUGAAGACGGAGCAGAUGGUGCUGUACAUACAUGACGCCUUCAAGCAAGCCCUGAAAGAGUUUGAGACUAUUGCGGAAUGGAUGUUCCACGCUGACAAGGACGAGAUUGAGACGCCUGCAGCCCCAGUGACCAUCUACACUCGCUACAUCCCGUCUGUGGUCAAGUUCAUCUCCACUUUUGCCAAGAAAAUCCCUCAGUUCUUGGACGUCAGUGUGGCUGACCAGCGCGCGCUCAUCAAGGGCUGCAUAUUAGAGGUGGCCUUCGUUCACGACUCGACCCAUGUUCGUCUGGAAAAUGACAUGUGGAUGGACACGAAACUCAACUUUUGUCUACACUCCAACACGUUGUCGGACAUGGGUCUGAUGGGUGAGGUAUUUGCGCGGUUCUGGGCCAAGCUGACCAGUCUGGCGAGGCUCUCUCUGACAACGGUGGAGGUCUCCUUGCUCUGUGCCUUGCUGCUCUUCUGCCCUGAUCGAGAGGGCUUGAGCAGUGUCCGCUACCUGGAGAAUUUGGAGACAGACCUGGCGAUGGCGCUCAAGUGUCAGCUGAUCCUCAACCACAGCGAGCAGCCCUCCAUCUUUUUCCAGAUAAUCGACGUCAUCAUUGAGCUCCGGGGUCUGUCCGCCAUCUACCUGGAGCAAGUGCUGGACGCCAGAGUGGACAAGAGCGCCGCCUCAGUGCCUCUGGCUGACCCGGCCCGCCUGCAGACGACCGAGGCUGACCAGCUGGAAGUGAAAGUGUUGUCUGAAGACAACGGGUUUGUGGGGAACAACCACGCACGUUUGUUUCCUGAGGAGAGUAUGCUGGUGUCAGGAUGUGGGGAGCCCAUGGACGUGUGCGAUGACCAGCCCAUGGAUCUGAAAGUGCGGACUGAUCCCAAGGACACGGAGAAGAAAAGAGAUGUGGUGCUAGGCGUGAAGACUACCGCAGUCUCGUCUGGGUCAGGACGGGAGGAGGGAAAGGAUGGGCCGAGCUUCCGUGAGCUUAUAGACGCUGAUAGUGUUAGCUGGGCGGAAGAGAGAGAAAAACGAGAGGCUGAGCUAAGGUUGCUUCAUUUGUCCACCGGCUUUUCGCCAGGGGACUUUACAGCUAGUCCGUCCCUCGCGGACUCUGACGAGGCUGGACCGUCGUUCGGAGGGUCUCCGGUAACUCUGAGUCCGUCGGCCAUGUCGUCGUGGUGUCCCCCUGCUAGGGUGCGCUCAGCCUCUGUGUCACUGGUGAGUCAAAAGCCCUCCACUCCGCUGUCGCUUCCUCCAAGCUCGACCAGAACGUUAUCCGCCCCGGUAUCUCCCAACAUUCCGUGCGCCACCGUGGAGAACUUUCUAAAAAAGGCAGAGACAAAUAACGAAACUUGUGAUAGUAGUGCCUCGGAUAGUAAGGAUUUUUAUCUAAAAACUGAGAAAAAUGGUGACUCGUCCAAAGAGGCAUUAGUCCAGUCUGAUGAACCGGUGCUUGAGGCAGAAAAUCUCUCUGUUAAAAAAGAGAAUUCUGAAGAAAAUGCUGAGUCAUCUGACAUCGCAACAGAUAACAAAGUCGGCGUCUGUGAAGUUGGAAAAGCGACAGACUCUCUAAAAUCGGGAGGUAGUGUAGGUGGCGACACGCCUCUGACUACAGGAGAUGAUACCAAAGAGAUUGAACACCCAGAGUCGGGCAAGGCCAAUACUGGGCUCAACGAUUUGGCUAACAGCGAUGUCUCUGGUUUGGACAAAACAAGAGAGGAUAGGGAAGGAUCUUGGAAUGUGGAUACGACUCCGAAGAUCUCAGAGAGUGAUGUAGAAGCUGCAGAUCGAAAAAUUCUGACAGAAUCCCAAAGAGACGUUUCGUGUGAAGCGUCUGAUAGAGAAGCCAGUAAAAGCAGUUCUGACAGCGAAGUUUUGAAUCUCGGUAUUAGCCAGUCUAAGGCGAAAAACGACACAAAUUUAAAGUCUAGUGAAGUGACAGGUGAAGCUCCAAAAAAGGAUCAGCCUGAAAGUUCAAGUCACAGUAACUCGGUGUCCAAACCCGGUGAUCCAGAUAUACCCACCAAAGAACUAGGGAACUCCCCUUCUGCUUCGGCAACCCCUGUAAUGUCUUUGAGUGUGUCGACUCCCUCAGAUCUUUCAUCAAAAGCAAAAGGAGAAAUCUCUUCUGUUGCCACCUCGUCCUCUUCCCUUAGCGUCGUUGUGACAUCAGGAACAUCAGGUGGCCCGGGCUCAGCCACAACGACAACAAGUUUUGUGCCAGUGCCAGGCUCGGCGAAGUCCACAAUCGCUACAGCCUCACCCUCGGCCCCGGUUCCCCCUUCUUCUAGUUCCGGUUGUCAAAUGGUGAACGAAAGGUCAACUGUCAUGCCAGAGGUUCUGCUUGAAGGCAAGGCACCCACAGACAUCCACUCUCGCUCCGCAUGGGCCGGCGAGGAUGAGAACGAUGACGUCAUUAUACUUGACACUCCGUUAGACUUCAGCUCCCCUGUGUCAAAAGGAGCCCAGCCUGCUCCUAAUGAGGACCACCCUUUAGACUUUUCUCAACGAGGAACCAAUAAAAGCAAUGCGCACCACAAAACAGAUCUUAUCAGAAAUUCAGAAGCAGAGCCUGUGGAUUUUUCUGCCAAGUUAUUACGUGAUUUGCUUCGCGAGGGUCCUGCUCCUGUGGGCUUGGCCCCCGAUGGGAGUUAUAAGGCGGGCGGCCACAAAGCCAUAGAGGGAACGUGUCUGCGCGUGCCACGUCCCCAGGCCAAGUACCCGAGCAGCGCCUCCCCCUUUGACCGUGUGGUCAAGUCUCAAGGAUGCGGGCCGAUAUGUCCACCCUUCUCCAAGGCUGACUCUGUCAGUGACAGUGUAUACCCCGGUGGUAGCCAUGAUCAAAGUCAUCCGGGUGCUGAUGUGUUGGCGGGGGAUCCAGUCCUUUACUCCGUGCACCAUCGAAGAUACUCGCUGCCUCAGCGCCCGACACACACUCACGGGCUGCGCUAUGCCCCGUAUACCAAACAUCCCCAGCGUCAGCAACAACAACAACAGCAACUACAGCACCAACAACAACUACAGCAACAGCAACAAUUACAGCACCAACUACAGCGGCAUCAGCCGUCCCAACAGCACCGUCUACAACAACAGCCAUACAACCAGCAACAUCAGCAACAGCAGCAACAGCAGCAACAGCAAUAUCGUCACAGUAGUCAUGCGCUACUGCCGCCACCACCACUGCAACAAAAGCAGGUAUCGCCGGCCGCCUCGUCACCCCAUCUUACCCACCACCACCCACACCACCCUCGUGCUACUCCUCCCCCUCCUCCUCUUCCCCACUCUCAGCUCAACCAUGCUCACAUUCACCCUGCCCACCCCGGCGUGGCUCCGUCACAUUCCCGCCCCUCCCGGCCGCCCCCACUCCUCGCUGCGGUCCCCAGGCUCGCUGCUCACUUUGAAGACGGUAUGGCGUUACAGAUGGUCCCCCCUGAGGACCUCGUUCACUCUCAAACCCAUGUCUGUCCUCCAAGUCGCGUCCACCCCACAAGCCGUAGUCAUCCUUCAAGUCACGCCCCUCCACCGCCACACCCUGCCUUAGUUCAGCAUUCCAUGAAUCACAGACCUGUCGUCUCCUACUCCUCAACCACGCUCGCUCAACAAGACAAGUUUCUCCCACCUCGCAAAGGGUUCGAGGCCGUGUUCAUGCAGCCUGAAACGAGUCCCCAAUACGCCACACCUCCUCCACCACCUCGUGGUAUUCGUGGAGGCGUGUACGUCCCCCGCCAUCCUAUCUCAGACGCGACGAGCGCCUGUCAACAGAAUGAAGGAGCUUCAGACGAGGUGCCGCUAGACAUGUCCGCGAAAUCUGUCUCUAACUCGCCUGGGGUUACAACAUACAUCAGCUCCGCACAGUCGUCUGUCGGGCAGUCUACGUCUGGCACAUCCGAGGCAUCCACAGCAAGAUUGUCAAAAUUACUCUCACCGUUUACUCCAGCAGCCCGCCACACUCCUGGUACUUCUCAUGACACUCGUGCGAGUCAGGUGGGCCAGCGACCUCCCUACCAACCUUAUUACUCCUCCCCUUCCCACCCUGCUCACAAUUCCACAGCGUUAACCGCCUCUCCAAGCCCCGUCCAGUCCUCCACCAAAACGCCCCGAGGUACGGAGGCCCCUCCCCCUGAAGACUUCAACUCCGCCCACUCUCGUCAGCAGACGUCAAUGUUCCCGUCACCCACGCCCCAAGAGUUGGAGCCCGACCCCUUGCUCGGCCGGCCUCGCUCUCAUUCCUACUCGUACAACCCACAACAACGCCUCAGCCGCAGCAAUAUUCAGCGCCUGCUGCAGGCCCAGCCACUGCCCUACCACAUCCAGUUCAAGCACCAGCACCAGCAAUAGCAUCAGCUUGCAGGAGAUAACUGUACCAGUAAUGACCACACUUCCUGUCCCCUUUCUCCAACCCUGGCCACUUUUCCCCGAGAACCGAACAGUAAAAACACUAGAGACCACAGCGAAACCGAAACCAACAGCAACGAUAACAACUACAUUGCAAUUAUCAGUAUCGGCUGCCACAGCGACCUCGAUGACAGAGGCAGCGCUAGCACUAGACCUCAACAAUACGCUAAGUAACAACAAGAACUACAAUUUAAGAAGAAGGAAAACAAAAAAGAACCUCUGACAUAGAAUGAAGUCCCUUAGCAUGACAGUGUAUGAAUGAAAUAUGACAUGACGAUGUUCGAGUCAGCUACAUCAUCUACGUGCCAUAUUAUUAUCGUAACAUUCUAGGUGCAAUUUAGAAGGAAAGAAUGUUCAAAAUUGCAUUUGUUUAAUUGAAUUAAUUUUUCAACUGAAGUAAGUGCUUGAACGUCUUGGUUAGUGUUUUCCCACUUAAAUUUUGACUGGAUCAUUGGAGAGAUUUGCAUAAGCGAGACAGAGAGAGACAGACAGACAGAGAGAGACAGAGAGAGAGAGAAAGAGAGAGAGAGAGAAAGAGAGAGAGAGAGAGAGAGAGAAAGAGAGAGAGAGACAGGCAGAGACAGAGUAACAUGGUAUACACGUCUCCUUACUCUCUGAUACACUUCUCAUCAUUCAUUCCGAUAAUUUUGUUGCUGUAGUGGUCACAUGGGGCCUAGACGACUGCCGACCCUCAGAAAUGAUCAGCGCUUUGUGAUAUUUCUUGAAUUGACUUGUACAUGUACUAGGAAAAAAAUGUGCUACACGCAUUGUUGUACUGCUGUAUAUAAUAUAUCUUUAGUUUCUGAUCACAUCGUAUAUUUUGCAUUUUAUGAAGCGAUCAUGUUUGACUGCCAAUGUGCCAUAAUAAUAAUGAUAUAAUGAAUGACGUGCCCGUCGCAAACGCCCAUUUCCGUGGCGCCUUGACGAAGAUGGUUUCAGCCUGGUCUUUCCCGAAACGCUCUUUCGAUUGACGUAUUGUUUACUAGCCUAUGUGUUUUGUGUCACUCAUGGUGCUAUGCGGAUGAUUCGAGUCUUAAAAAAAUAUUUUGAAAGUA